AUGGAACCUCCAGAUCAAUCCACGCAGCUUCACCUACAAAAAGAUGGGGACAAAGCACAGAAUCAAAUGGGGGAUAGAAACAAGGACAAACAUAAAGCAACAUCAAUACAAGACAACCAAGAGCAGGAACAAUUUGCAUACCUUACAAUGAUGGGAUUUGAACAAUCAUCUUCAAGGCAUCCAAUCAACGAAUGUGAAGACAACAUUGUCCAGAUGUACAACUUCCAGUUUUCUCAGGAAUUGCAGGGAUCAUAUACAAGAAUGUUGUUUGGUCCAGAUAUCUAUCAGGGAAAUUUGGAUCUACACAAACCAGUUUCAAAUUUUUGUACAGGAGAAGAAUAUGAAAUAUCUAAUGCACCACAAGGACAAGAGAUGACCAUGGAGAAUAUAAACAGCAAUCCUGGAGACAACAAUGAUGUCAACUACUCAUUUUCAGAGCAUCAGGACAAUGACAUUAGCAACAGGGAUGAAAACUACUCAACUAAGAUUGAAGAAAGUCAAUGGCAGAAUGGACUAUUCAGUAACAUGCAACUACAAUGGAUCCAAGAAGCUGAAGAGGUUGAGCAACAAGAUUUGUCAAGUGCAGCAUCAGACCUAACAAAAACAAUGGCAGAAUCAUCAAAUACACAACAUGAACCACCUGAAGAAGUAGACACUACAGAAGGCAACAGUAGCCAGCUACUAACAGAACAAGAGAUAGAUGAAUUUAUAAUGAGAGAACAGAUAGCAGCUUCAGAAGGGAACAACUCAGAAAUCAAUAGCAAGUAUACACCACAGCUAGGAAUGCAAUUUGAGAACAAAGAACAAGCUCAACACUUCUUCAACUUCUAUGCAUGGCUAGCUGGGUUUCAAACAGUAGUAGCACAUGUUGCAAGAACUACAAGCAAGAAAAGAAACAAUGAGAUCACCAAACUCACAAUAAAGUGUCAUAGAUAUGGUAAAGCACCAAAGAAGAAAACUACAGAGGAGCAGGAAGGUGAAGUGGACAAAGAUAUAGGAAAAAUGAAAGGUAAGAAAAGGAAGACAAAUAUAGCAGAGAAAACAGACUGCCAAUGUGUUAUGGUCAUUAAAGAAGACGCUAACAUAUGGAAGAUCAUUAGAUUAGAUUUGGAUCACAAUCAUGAACUCUACCCUGGACAGAGCAACCAACAGUUUAGUGGUCAUAAAUAUAUGACUGAUAUGGAGAAGUCACUUAUAAGGACUCUGAAUGACAAUAACAUUGCAACAAGACAGAUGAUCUCUAUAAUAUCAUACCUCAGAGGAGGACCCACAGCAUUACCAGUGAAGAAAAAGGAUAUCAGCAACUUCAGAACAAAGAUUAAUAGAGAAAUUAAAGGAACAGAUAUGACCAAAGUGCUAGACAACUUCAGAAAAAAGAAGAGUGAAGAUCCAACAUUCUUCUACAAAUUUGAGCUAGAUGAUGAAAAUAGAAUGAAAAAUAUUUUUUGGAGAGAUGGAUCAUCACUAAAAUAUUAUGCAGACUUUGGAGAUUGUGUGAGCUUCGACACAACAUAUAUGACAAACAGAUACCGACUGCCAUUUGCACCUUUUGUAGGAAUUACAGGACAUGCACAGACAUGUAUAUUUGGAUGUGCUUUCCUAAAAGAUGAAACAAUAGCAACUUUCAAAUGGCUGUUUGAGACAUUCCUAGAAUCCAUGGGAGGCAAACACCCACAAACUAUAAUAACUGACCAAGACAAAGCUAUGAAGACAGCAAUAGAAGAAGUGAUGCCAAACACAAGGCACAGAAAUUGCCUUUUCCACAUCAAGACCAAAUGCUACUCGAAGAACAUUAAAGUUUUUGCAGCUAAUGAUGGCCUAUAUGAGGAAUUUGAAGACAUAGUGAACAACUCUGUCACAGAAGAAGAGUUUGAGAACUUGUGGAGAGAGAUGAUCAGGGAAAGAGGCUUAGAGAACAACAAGUACUUGACAAAAAUGUGGGAAACAAGAAAAAGAUUCAUACCUGUGUACUACAAAAAUGAUUUCUUCCCUUUCAUCCAAAGCACCUCAAGAAGUGAAGCAACAAAUGCUAGAUUCAAACAGAAUGUUGGACCAACCUAUAGUAUUAACAGCUUUGUGGCAGAGUAUGAUCGCAUAGUGGACAGCAUUGAGAGAGCAGAGAACCUAGAGGACCACUAUAGCAACCAAAAAAGACCAAAGGAACUAUUGUAUGGGUACACAUUUGAGAAACAAGCACAAGAGUUAUAUAACAGGAAUAUUUACAAGAAGUUUCAAAUUCAACUACAAGCUACUUCAACUCUAACUUACAAGGAAAUCGAAGAAGGGAAGCAAUUCGAAGUCUGGCAAAGAAGUAACCAAGUGUACAAGGCACAACGAAUUAGGAGGUACAUAGUACUAACUAACCUCACACAAGGGAAUGAAGACUUCAGUUGCAUAUGUGCCAAAUUCAGCAAAGACGGAAUCCUAUGCUCCCAUAUCCUGAAAAUCAUGAUAGAGAAGGAAAUUAGUGCAAUACCAGAUAAGUAUAUAAUAGAUAGAUGGAGAAAAAAGGACAUGAGAUUGAUCAGGAAAAGAGUAGAGGAAACAACAAUUGCAACAAAUUCAUUGCUUAGAUUCAAUGUACUAUCGAGGAAAUCAGCAGCAAUGAAUUCAAAGGCAGCUAAGACAGAAGAAGCAACAGAUUACCUUGUAGCAGAAAUGGAGAGGAUCAACUUGCACCUGGACAAGUUAUUAGCACCAAAAAGCAUUGGAGAAACACAAAGUGAACCUAUAGCAGAUGAACAAGUACAAACACAAGGACUCAAAGCAUAUGAAGACAAUUAUACACAGAACCAGUUAGAGGACCCAGAAAGAAUACAAAACAAGGGCAGGCCAGAGAAACCAAAGAGAAUGAAAGCAGUUAUAGAAGAAGCAAAAGAAAAGGCAAAGAAAAAAGAAAACAAGAAGAAGAAGAAACAAACAACAAAUGAAAAUUCUGGAUCACCAGUGAAGCCAAACUCCAAGAGAUUCAAGAAGUCAACAAAGACCAACAAUGAUAUAGAGGCGAUCAAAACCCAAAAGGAGAAAGCAAGGAAGUGA